AUGUUAUUGUCGAGUGAAUUUUGGAGAAGAUUGUUCAUCAUAUGUAACUGUAGUUUUGUGAUAUUUAGCAUAGUUGUGUUGGCAAUUAGCAUCGGUCCGCAGGUCACUCUGAAUGGACUCAGUGCAAUUUUAAAUAAUGCCAAACCAUUGGUCUUCCUGAUUGCUAGUAUUGCAGGAGGACUUGGUGUAUUGGCAUCAUGUGUUGGUGUUUGUGGAUACUUGAAACAACACAGAAUGAUCGUAUAUGUGAAUAUUUUUCUUUUGUGUUUGGUGACACUGAUGGAGAUCGGUGUAGCUGAGAACGUGGCUUCAACGGAAGACAAGUUCUUUGCGUUAGCUCGUGAAUCUCUGAAUGCAACUGUGAGAGAUUACUACAAGAAGAUUGAAUAUCAGAUGCAGUUUGACGUUUUACAAACGAAAUUCAAUUGUUGUGGAGCUAAUUCCCUUAUGGACUUCCAACAAAAAGUAGUACAUAGAAAAAUCCCUCAAUCGUGUGAUUAUAUAAAUCUGAUUUAUCAGAAAGGAUGUAUAACAGUGUUAAACGACUUUGUACGAAGUUGCCUAAAAAGAUUAAUGUAUCUGUGUUUCAUCUUCGGUUUUAUUCAAGUUAUCUACCUAAUUUCGUCAAUCAUGAGAAAUCGUAAAUUUGAAUAUGGCAAUAUUGUAUUAGCCUAA